UUGUAACAAACAAAGAGGAACCAAGCGAAGAUAAGGGGGAACAAAAUUUUCAUAAAAAGAUUGAAGAACGAAAGCAGGGCAAGAGAUCACAUUUACGAAAAAAACAAGGAAAGAAUGGACAUAUUUUUUCUCUUCUUUGCUUUUCUUAUAGGAGGAUUGAAGGCUGAAACGAUGUCAGUCACAGGAGUGUCUGGGCAGAACAUCACAAUAACAUGCUCUUCCAAAAACAGAGAUGACAAUAAUAAAUAUUUCUGCAAAGAUCCAUGUGAGAAGGACGAUGAUAUCUUAAUAAGUAGCAGUGUUGAUAAAGACAAGUGGGACACCAACAAAUACAGUAUAAGGGAUGAAAAAAGCAUAUUUUAUGUUACAAUCUUUCACCUGAAAAAGGAGGAUUCAGGUACCUACAUGUGUGGCGUUGAAGUCCCUUGGGGGCGGGAUCCACUAGAAAUCGUUGUCAUCACUGUUAAAGAAGCAAUAACACCAGAGAGAGAGCCAACAAAAUUACCUGAACAAGUUCAUCCAAAAACGUCCUCAUCAAUAAAUGAAACGAAGACCAUCACUGUGCACAAGCACCACCUGACGCUGUUUAUGGCUGCAAUAACCUGCACGGUGGCCCUGGUAUGCGUGUGUCUCUGUACACUCGUGUUGCUGACUGCUUUGAAAAAACACAAAAGAAAGAUUUCAUCCGUCUAUGAGACCAUGAUGCCUGCUGUCAUCGGUGAAGCUGAAGGCCAUGGCAGGAGUUUGAGUCUGGAGCGUAUCACUCAUCCUGACCCCGCAGUGGGACAUCGGGAGUCGUCUUCAGGCAGCCUCAACCUCAACGAAUACCUCGAUUUAGAUCCCAGUCUAUUGGAGGAGCACGUCUACCAUAGCAUCAGCAGAAAGAACAUUCCAUAGAAUUAAAAUCAGGUUUACACAACAACUCAAAUCCACUUUCAGAUGGAUUCAUCCUAAAAUCCAGGUUGCCACCAGGGGCGCCACUAGCUUUUAAGGACAGAGGGGGCUUAGCCCCCAGGAGAUGAACAGGAUGUGAGUGAACGUAGCGCACGAGUACAAAACUGUUGAGAUCCGCUUUUUGGAUCCUCCACAUAUUAUUGUUUGUGGUUCCAUUUUUAUUUUCGCUCUCCGUCUGAUCCUAUUAUUGCCUGUUUAAGUCGGUCACCAUGGUAACUUAUUAGUUUCACCUGUUUCUCACGGCCCUGCACACCUGUCCUCACUAAUCACCUGCCUUAUAUAAGCCUGCAUCUUUUGUUGUUCAGUCUGGGAUCCAAAUCUGUUCAUGCACAACGUUACGUCUGCUUUGCACUUUUGCUUACAUGCAAAUUUCAGUAUAAUCCUCGCGAGCUCUCACGCUGCGCACUUUUAUUCAAUCUUAGCUCUCAUGCUAAAUGUUUUGUUUUCCCCUGUGUGUGCCUAUGUGCCAGUUUAGUUUACUAUUUGUUUAUCCUAGCUUUCAUGCUAGCGUCUUUUGUUUGCCUUUUCUUAGUUCCAGUAUUUUUGUUCUCGAGCACCUUUUGUUAAAUAAAUCAUUAGUUCAUA